ACACACAAGUUCAGUUUUUUAAAAUCAUCCCACUCAAAAGUGCAAACGCGAAACCGAACGCGUGCGUGUGAUCCUCCGGUGGCUGCAGCUCAGGGCGCCGGGUCCCGUUACGCGCACGCUUUUCGCCUGUUUGAGUCCAUUGUGUGGCAACAUGGGGAGAGAGCUGGAGGAUGCGCACUAGCUCCCGACGCGCAACCACAUUGUUCUAGAGAGCUCCACGAUCAGGGCCAUCUUUGGUCGUCCUCGCCGGUGACAGUGUGGACACUUUACUCCCUCGGCUCUUCACCGCCGUGCGAUCCAACGAGCAGCUGCGACCUCAGAAGGAGCCGUUUGAAGACGCUCGGCCGUGCGGAGACAGAAGAGCCAGUUCCCCGGUCGGUGGACUCAGUGGCAUCGCCUCCUUCGACACCCUUCAUUUCUGCAGGCGUAAAGAGGGCGAGACGGGAGAGGCGCUGCUGAGACAACAUGGAUGAGGAAUAUGAUGUGAUCGUUCUGGGCACCGGGCUCACGGAAUGCAUUCUGUCUGGGAUCAUGUCUGUGAACGGGAAGAAGGUUCUGCACAUGGACAGGAACCCGUACUACGGUGGGGAGAGCUCUUCCAUCACCCCCCUGGAGGAGGUGUACAAGCGCUUCAGUCUCCCGGAGAGCCCGCCGGAGUCCAUGGGCCGAGGAAGAGACUGGAACGUGGACCUCAUCCCCAAGUUCCUCAUGGCCAAUGGUCAACUUGUGAAGAUGCUGCUUUACACAGAAGUGACACGAUACCUCGACUUCAAAGUCGUGGAGGGAAGCUUCGUCUACAAAGGAGGGAAGAUCUACAAGGUGCCGUCCACUGAGACCGAGGCGCUAGCUUCAAACCUGAUGGGGAUGUUCGAGAAGCGAAGGUUCCGUAAGUUCUUGGUCUUUGUGGCCAAUUUCGACGAGAACGACCCCAAGACCUUUGAGGGCGUGGACCCCAAAACCACGACGAUGAAGGACGUUUACAAGAAGUUUGACCUCGGCCAGGACGUCAUCGACUUCACCGGCCACGCCCUGGCCCUCUACAGGACAGAUGAUUAUCUUGAGGUUCCGUGUCUGGAGACGAUCAAUCGUAUCAAGCUGUACAGUGAGUCACUGGCACGAUAUGGAAAGAGCCCCUACCUCUACCCCCUGUACGGGCUGGGAGAGCUGCCGCAGGGAUUCGCCAGGUUGAGUGCGAUCUAUGGAGGAACCUACAUGCUGAACAAACCAGUGGAUGAGAUCGUGAUGGAAGACGGACACGUGGUUGGAGUGAAGUCCGAGGGCGAGGUGGCUCGUUGUAAGCAGCUGAUCUGUGACCCCAGCUACAUCCCUGACCGCGUCCGUAAGGCAGGGCAGGUGAUCCGCGUGAUCUGCGUCCUCAGCCAUCCCAUCAAAACCACCAAUGACGCCAACUCCUGCCAGAUCAUCAUCCCCCAGAAUCAGGUCAACCGCAACUCAGACAUCUACGUGUGCAUGAUCUCCUAUGCUCACAACGUGGCCGCCCAGGGCAAGUACAUCGCCAUCGUCAGCACCACAGUGGAAACCAGUGACCCCGAGGCGGAGAUCGAACCGGCCCUGGAGCUGCUGGAGCCCAUCGACCAAAAGUUUGUGGCGAUCAGUGACCUCUAUGAGCCCACGGACGAUGGCACUGAGAGUCAGGUCUUCGCCUCGAGGACCUACGACGCCACCACCCACUUCGAGACGACCUGCAACGACAUCAAGGACAUCUACAAGCGCAUGACCGGCAGCGACUUUGACUUUGAGAACAUGAAACGCAAACAGAACGACGUGUUUGGGGAGGAUGAGCAGUGAGCGGGCGGAGGGGCUCCUGAGAGGAGGCGGGGUCG